CAGAUGAUAUUAAGAAGAGGUAUUUAACCGAACUCUCAUCUUGAUUUGAUUCAUCCAGUUCCAUCUCAAUUUUGACGUAUCUAGUCCAAGAACAAAAUGCCACAAACAAUCCUCAUCACCGGCGCCACAGGCAAACAGGGCGGCAGCGUAAUCGACAAUCUCCUCCAGCAGGACGCAGACGUCGAAAUCCUAGCCGUAACACGCACAGCCAACUCCUCUAGCGCGCAGAAACUCGCAGACAAAUCACCCAAGAUCAAGCUCAUCCAGGGCUCGCUAGACCAUGCGGACGACAUCUUCGCCACCGCAAAGAAAGCCACGCAGAGUCCUAUCUGGGGCGUGUUCAGUGUCCAGGUCGCCUCGUUCACUGGAAACACCGAGAUAGAAGAACAGCAGGGAAAGAACCUCGUCGACGCCGCGCUCAGGAAUAACGUCAAGCAUUUCGUCUACACAUCCUGUGAUCGUGGCGGCGAUAACUCGCUCAAUAACCCCACCAACAUCCCGCACUUCAUCAACAAGCAUAAUAUCGAGCUUCAUCUUAUAGACCGCGCCAAGGGGACGGACAUGACCUGGACGAUUCUCCGCCCGGUUGCAUUUCUCGACGGCGGCCUUGUACCUGGUUUUGCGGGGAAGCUGUGGGCCACGUCAAUCAAGGUUGCGCUGCAGGGCAAACCGCUGCAGGUUGUUGCGGUGUCGGAUAUUGGGUUCUUUGGGGCAAAGGCUUUCCUGGAGCAAGGGGAGUAUAAGGGGAAGGCGAUAUCGCUGGCGGGUGACGAGGUGGCGUUUGAUGAGUUGGCGAGGGUGUUCAAGAGCGUUACGGGGAGGGAUAUCCCCACGACGUGGGAGUUUGUCUCACGCUUUUUUAUGUGGAUGGUUGCGGAUGCCGGGUUGAUGUUUCGGUGGUUCCAUGAUGAAGGGUUUGGGGCUGAUAUUGCGGCGCUGAAGAGGGUGCAUCCGGGGCUGAAGGAUGUUAGGGCUUGGUUGGAGACGGAGAGUGAGUGGAGAUGAAUCUUAGUGUAUUCCCUUUUGAUAAUAUGAUAACCUAUUCAACAUCAGCCUCCCGCCAAGUCUUAAACCCCCUAGCAGGCAAUCCCAGCUGAAACAUCUCAUCCAGCUCAGCAAACGACCGCCCCUUCGUCUCCGGGACAUCAAAGAAGAUAGCAACCCAGGCAAUAACAGCAGUAGCAAGGUAGAUAAACCCCAUCUUGCCACCAAGGUUCCCCUGAUCUGUAUUGAACAUAUAAGGCACACAGACGUUCCAUAUAGCAGAGAAGAAGUAGUUAAACCCGAACCCCAGCGACUGGGACUUCGCACGAAGACGG